AUGUUUGGCUUCCGGGCGAACUUUUCAACACAGGAUGCAUUGCUACAAAUAAAGGAAGACAUCCUUAACAAGAUCCCCAAAGCAGGCGAAAACGUCAUCAUGGCCCUAGACCUAAAAGGGACUUUUGACAAUGUCAGCCACGCAGCCAUCAUGGAAGGGCUAAACAAGACCAACUGCGGCAGGAGAGCCCACGAAUACGUGCGGGCAUUCUUGUCAAAGCGCACGGCGACAGUAGGACUCGGAGACCUGCGGAGUGAUACCUUUGACACGCCUAACAAGGGUACCCCACUGGGCUUGGUCAUUUCGCCAAUUCUCUUUAACAUCGCAAUGAUCGGGCUAGCCCAGAAACUGAACAAGAUCGAGGGCAUACAGCACGCCAUGUAUGCAGAUGACAUCACGGCCUGGGUAAAUCAGAGAUCAUUGGGCCAAAAAGAAGAAAAGCUUCAGAAGGCGACAACAUGCGUCGAACAAUUCGUCAAGGAUAGAGGCCUAGCGUGCUCAACCGAGAAAUCGGAAAUUCUACGGAUUGGAAGGAACACAACCAAUGAAAACGUGGAAGUGUAUCUGAAAGGUCCACUCAUACCAGAGAAGGACAUAAUACGCUUCCUCGGCAUGUGGAUCAAGAGCAGCAAAUGGUGUGGACACACGCUAGGCCUGCUCAAGCAAUCGAAGGAGCAAGUGAGCAGGAUGAUCACGAGAGUGUCGCAAAGACGGAGUGGCAUGAAGUAG